UCCCCCCGAUGGCAACACUUUUUCAAUCAAUAAAGCGUUUGCGCACCCCCAUCCCCCAAAAAAAAAAAAAUCCCAUUCAAGAUGUACACAAAUGCUAUACCCCAAAGCCAAAAGCACACAUAGAUCCAACCACAAGCAUACAAAACAGCUCUAUAACCAACCUACACGCUCUCCAUUUCACCACUCGUCCAUUUGUACUCUUUGGUCUUCUGAGGCAAUCGCAUGCACAAGAAUUCCACUUCGCGUCGUCGUCGUCGUCAUCCGAGUCGUGUCGUUAGAUUUUGCUCCCCCAGUUAUCUACUAUUUAAAAAAAAUCAUAAAAAGAAAAAAUUCAACUACCUAAAUGGUAAUGUGUGUUACUUGUGUAUUAUAGGAGCUAAAACCUACAACACAGUUGUAUAAUAGAGGUAUUAUUACCCCCAAAAUAAAAUAAAAAAAAGAGUGUUUUUGUGCUAAAUUGUGAGAGAGAGAAUUUGAGAAGAAAAAAUGUACACCUUACUCUAAAAAUGUUAGAAUGAAAAAGUAAAAGAAAGAAAGAAAUAAAAAAAAAAGAAAUCAAAAAAUAGAUACACAUUCCAACAAGUGCAUCAGAAUUUAAACCCAACAAAAAAGAAGAAGAGAAUUCCUUCUCCAAAAAAAACCUGAUAACACGAUAUCAUCAUUAUUAUUAUCAUCACGACACUAUUAUCAUCAUUAAAACUAAAAAAGAAAAACCAAGUGGAUUAUUUCAAAAUCGUGCAACAAAUUUCGUUCGCCUGUUUACCGACCACUACUAACACCGUUUUGUAGUCGUUGCUGCUGAGAACAAACAAAAAAAAUCCUUUAAUCCUUUUUUGGGAGGAUAAUUUUUUAUUUUUUUUACUUUUUUUUGAUUUUUUCGUAUUCUCAAAGCUAAAGUCGGCCAUUCACGGCCGAUUCCAACGACCUUCAAAACGUUUUGUGUCGAAGCAAUACGCACAAUGGGCUGCGCACAGUCUGCUGAGGAACGAGCCGCAGCCGCCAGGAGCCGCCUUAUUGAAAGGAAUUUGAAAGAAGAUGGCAUACAGGCUGCUAAGGAUAUUAAACUAUUAUUGCUUGGUGCUGGUGAAUCAGGAAAGAGUACGAUAGUCAAACAAAUGAAAAUCAUUCACGAAAGCGGGUUCACUUCGGAGGAUUUCAAACAAUAUCGACCAGUUGUAUACAGCAAUACAAUACAAUCCUUAGUUGCAAUACUUAGAGCCAUGCCAAAUCUCAGUAUUCAAUAUAGCAAUAAUGAAAGAGAGAGUGAUGCAAAAAUGGUUUUCGAUGUGUGUCAAAGGAUGCAUGACACGGAACCAUUCUCAGAGGAAUUAUUGGCUGCUAUGAAACGAUUAUGGCAGGACACUGGUGUUCAGGAGUGCUUCUCACGUAGCAACGAAUAUCAACUAAAUGAUUCCGCUAAAUAUUUCCUUGACGAUUUGGAUCGGUUAGGUGCAAAAGAUUACCAACCUACCGAACAGGAUAUAUUGCGCACUCGUGUCAAAACAACUGGUAUUGUUGAAGUGCACUUCUCCUUCAAAAACCUUAAUUUUAAAUUAUUUGAUGUCGGUGGGCAACGUUCUGAGCGAAAGAAAUGGAUCCAUUGCUUCGAAGAUGUAACCGCGAUCAUUUUCUGUGUAGCAAUGUCUGAAUACGAUCAAGUAUUACACGAAGACGAAACUACGAACCGAAUGCAAGAGUCAUUAAAACUUUUCGAUUCCAUCUGUAACAAUAAAUGGUUUACAGACACCUCGAUAAUUUUAUUCUUAAACAAAAAGGAUUUAUUCGAAGAAAAGAUCCGAAAGAGCCCAUUGACAAUCUGUUUCCCAGAAUACACCGGCGGACAAGAAUAUGGUGAAGCAGCCGCCUACAUUCAAGCUCAAUUCGAAGCGAAAAACAAAUCAACCUCAAAAGAAAUUUACUGCCACAUGACGUGCGCCACAGAUACAAAUAAUAUUCAAUUUGUAUUCGAUGCAGUCACCGAUGUAAUUAUUGCAAAUAACCUGCGAGGAUGUGGUCUCUAUUAGAUGAUAAUAAUGGCACAAAAAACAAAAAAUAAAACAAAAUUUAAAAAAAUCCAAAAACAAGAACAACAACAACAAGAAAAAUUAAUAUUAAAAAUUUAUAAUAAUUCAUUUAAUAACAAUAAUAAAUUAUUGUUGUUAUUGUUUAUUAAUUAUUAUUAUUAUUAUUAUAAUUAUUAUAUGAUAAUGAAA